AUGCUCCGCGCACACCUCCUGACCGGCAUUCUGCUGUGCUCUGUCGCUUCUGUCCAAAGCGCGCAUGCCGUCUUCAAGAAACGGCUAACUUGUGAAGACUGCGACAGUGGCCGCCGCUGGGGUGUCACCGCGACGGACCUGGGUAUCCCGUACGUGCAAGACGACGGCGAAAUUGGCUUCCUUUUCGGCGACACGUUGAGCUCGAAGCGGGUGGAGGAUGCGAAAGACUGGCGUUGCCCUGUGAUGCUGCGUUCGCGAAUCCAUCCGGGCGAAGAGGACGGCCUGGAGUUCCAGGGCGCUGCCGGAGUCGACGCAGAUGCAGACGGGCUCGCGCAGCAAAUCACGCAUAAUGGCAAUCGCGGCGACGAUGGCACCAACUCGGGCAUUUGGGAGUACUCGGUGCUUCCCAACGAUGGAAUCAGCUUCCCCGAGACGGGCGAGCAUUUCAUCUCGUACAUGAGCGUCAUGAAUUGGACCGCGCCCUGGACCCCCAACUAUUCCGGCCUGGCGGUCUCCACGGACGGCAACACCUUUGAGCGUCUGGACAAUUCCAAGUGGUGGAAUAACGAAGACAACACCGAUCCCUUCCAGAUGUGGACCAUGCAGCGCGAUGACCAGUGGGUGUACAUCUUUUCUACACGCUCUCCUGUUCAAUUCGGCCCGAUGCUGCUGCAGCGCGUCCGCUGGGACCUGAUCAAGGAUAAGGACGAGUAUGAAUGUUGGGGACUGGAUGGCAACGGCUGGGACUGGGGAGAUCAUUGCUCGCCGAUCCUCGAGGGCACCUUUGGAGAACCGUCGGUGCGGAAGCUGGAAGACGGCACUUGGGCUAUGGUCUAUCUGAAUGCGCCGAGCACGAAUCCUUGGAUCGUCUCCCGCACCGCCAAAAGACCGACGGGCCCGUGGUCCGAGGAGAAGGUGCAGGUAGAACAGGUCGGCGACGGAUCGUUGCUAUACGGUGGCUUCAUUCAUCCCUGGUCGACCACCCAGCCCAACGGACUGUAUCUGAUGGUGUCAAACUGGACGAGCACCGCGCCGCCACCGCAGGGAAACGGCGCUGUGGCGACUUACGAGGGGAUUGCGUCCGUUAACCAGUAUAUCGGCACUUUGUAA